CCGUAAAAUGUCUGACAGUCAAACCAACUAUAAACUGGAUGAAGCACAGGAAAUUAUGAAUGAGCUGAGAAUGAUCAAAAAGUCAAUUACUUUAGGAGAAAAAGAGAAACAGGACCUUAUACAGAGCCUUGCUAAACUAACAGAUGAAUUCAGGAAUAGCUGCUGCAUUGAGAACUCCCUGCAGGAUCUCCAGAUGAAUGCAAGCUUGGCCUCUGAGUGUUUACCACAGCAAUACUGCGAAGCAAGUUCACAGACUGACAUCAUCGGUGAGUUUUCAUCUGAUGGAAGGUCGAAACUAGCAGACAGAGUUCGACUUAGUUGGCAGUAUGAGGAAGCUAAGAAGAGAGUUUCCAGUAUCCAGCUACAGCUGGCUCAGUUGGACAACGAGAGCUGGCCAGGCAGGGCUGAGGCAGACUGGGACCGUCUGCAGCUGAUCAGGGAGAAAGAGGCACUGCUCCAGGAGCUGCAGCUCAUCAGUCAGCAGAAACGCCUGCCCGAGGAGCUGGCUCGGCUCGAGGCGGAACGCCAGCGUCUGGAAGACGAUAUCCAGCGUGCACAGUCCAUUCCCUGUCAGGAAUUCGCUGAAAGAAUGCUGUUGCAAGACAAGAGAAACUGUCUAUUAAGGCAGCUGGAAGAAGCAACACGCUUAACCACGUAUUUGCACUCGCAGCUGAAGAGCUUAACUGCUAGCUCGCUCACGGUGUCAUCCAGCAGUAGUAGAGGUUCACUUGCAUCCAGCUGUGGAUCAUUGGCUUCCAGUCGAGGUUCUUUAAGCUCGGUCAGUUUUACUGACAUUUAUGGCCUCCCACAAUAUGAGACCGAUGCAUCGAUUGAUUUGGGGUGCUAUCUGCAGUUUGAUCUGCUUCCGUUCGACACGAUAGCCAAGGACCCUUCCUUUAUCGACCAUUUAGGACUGUCCAACUUGAGCAAGGCCAGGCGGUCUUUGGACCCGCCUCAGUCCUUGGCAUCGCUCUCCUCUAGGUCCUCGCUGUCCUCGCUCUCGCCACCCAGCUCCCCACUCGACACCCCAUACCUCUCCGCUUCUCGUGACUCUCCGCUGGCCCAGAUGAACGAGGAGUUUGAGGAGCUGCUAGGAAGAUCGGAGUCUGAAAACCUGCGACUGCAAGCCCAGGCUGUCUGUCACGAUUUGCAGGAAGCUGCGUCUGCGCAAGUUGUUGGAGCUUCAGUCAGCGAUAUCAAGCUAUGCCAAGAUGUGGAUCCCAGAGUGAGGCCAGCAAUGCAGGGUGUAGGAGCGGUAACCCUGCGCACUGACAGUGCCCUUAAAGCAGGCCGAAGAGUGAGAAGAGUCUCCACAGGUUUCUCGGAUGAUUCUCUCGCCACAGACAGUGGAGUCUUCGAAGCAUUGAGUAAAAGGCCUGAAGAUGCAGACGAGACUCUGUAUGAUAAUAGUUCCAUCACUUUUGAUCCACCACAAAUUAAAAUGGGACUUGUGUAUGAUCACCGGGAGGAAUGCUUGAUCAUUCACAUCCUUCAGUUACGGAAUCUCACUGCCCUACAGGUGAAAGAUGGGAGCAGAGUGUAUAUAAGGACCUCAUUGCUCCCGAUUGACCCUGGCACAACGUUUACCUUCUGCUCCAAGGCUUUAGAGAUUCAGGCCCUAAUGACAUUCAGUGAAUCAUUUCAAAUCCCAGUGGCACCCAGCAUGUUGAGAUUGAAGACUGUGCAGCUGGAUAUAUGUUCCAUUGACCAGCAAAUUCAGGAAGAGUUAUUGGGAGUUGUUCAGAUAAGUCUGGCUGACAUUGAAAGACCAGGUGAAAUGUUGCUCCAUUGGUAUCAACUGUUAACCUUCGGUAGUAUGGGGACAAUGCCUGAAAGGAACAGCAGGCAAGCUUGCAAUACUGGAAUUGUUGGAAAGCUAACGGAUAGUGAAAUGAAGGAUGCAGUGUCAAUGCUUCUAGCAAGGACCACAGCUCAGUUGGAAGCAGUGGAGAAACAGUUAGCAGAGGAGCGAGUGAAGUUGGAAUGUACGGAAGAGGAAAUCCAGGAGGAGAUGAAGGAAGAGAAAACCGAAGCCGUGUCAGAGAGGAGUUGGCAGGCCGAGUCAGUGGACAGUGGCUGCAGCAAUAGUGCCCAGCUUAGCCCACAAUACCCUAUGGUGGAACAGCUCAGUGGGGUGGAUGGCAAUGGGAGCCACCUGCACGAGUUUGCCGAUCAAAUGAGCCAGUUUGCUGCUCUCCGAAUGAGAGCCCCGCGUACGAAGGUUGACAAAGAGACCAACACUGAAGAGCCUUUCCCUGAAGAGGUCAUGAUACGACCGAAGGAAAGGAGCAGUCGACGGUCACGUGGCUCUCCGUUUGUCCGUAGCAGCACCAUUGUCCGCUCGCAGACGUUUUCGCCAGGAGCACGGAGUCAGUAUGUCUGCAGGCUAUACCGAAGUGACAGCGACAGUUCGACGCUUCCUAAAAGGUCCCCAUUUAUCCGAAAUGCAUUGGAGAGACGCACUCUGCGGUAUAAACAGCCAUCUUUCAAAACGCCACUGGUUGAACAUCCAACACGAACAUCCCUGGACUUGGAGCUGGAUCUCCAGGCGUCCAGGACUAGGCAGCGGCAACUGAACGCGGAGUUGGCUGCACUGCGAGAGCUGAAACAGCGGCUGCAGGAGAGCAGGAUUCGAGGACAGGCUGACCUCCCUCAAUGGAUUUUACGAGAUGAGAAGUUCCGCAAUCUGUUAAAGGAAGCAGAGAGACAGGCAAAGCAAACUAAGUUGGAGCAACGCCAAGACCAAGCUGAGAAAAUGUUGAAGAAAGCAGCGAAGGAAGUGUAUCAACUGAGAGGGAAAAGCCAAAAAGAGCCCUUGCAGGUUCAGUCCUUCAGAGAGAAAAUGGCAUUUUUCACCCGAGCGCGAAUCAACAUACCUCCUCUGCCAGCGGAUGAUGUAUGACACUUUACUAUAUUUUAAAUAUGAAGUAUUUAUCAGUCUCAAUUUUAUCCAUGUGAAGUUACUAGAAAAAAAACAGUAAGUGAGUUUAUUAAACACUUUUGCAAGGAUUAUUCCUAUAGACCUUUUGUAAAAAGAAAAAAGGAAAAAAAAAGCCUAUAUACUUAUGUUAUAAAUAUAUAUAUAUAUAUCUUUAUAUAUAUAUAUAUAUAUUAUAAUUCUAGAAUUGAAGCAAGGCAUGGUUUGUCCUUGUUAUGAAUUUAACAUCCCUCUGAAGGAAUGGUAUUAUAUAAAAAAAAACAAACUAAGCUGUUGUAUAUCUGUUCAGUUUCUGUGUACUCUGUGGGCUUAAAAGGCUGGAAGAUAGAAACAAGGCCAGCUUAAUCAUAUCCACUGUAAUAUAGGUUUCUUAUUUAAAAAAAAAAAUAUUUUUCCUUGAAGGAAAAUCUCAGUUUUAGGUGUAUUUUAAGACUAUAAAGUUCUGCAGUAUUUUGGGUGCACUGGAAUGAAAUCUUAAGCUGGCUUUGUUUCUGUUACCUGAUGUGAAAAUACUAUGCGCUGAUUAUUAAUGUUGCCAUAAUAUGUUUCAAGCCACACGCAUAACUUUAGUGUUUUAUAUUACUCUGUGCCUUUACACUAUAUUGUAACAUUGUAUUCUUUGCCACAACGGUGUAUUGUAUAAAAAAAAUUUCAUAGUAACAUCUUUCAAUAUUUUUACUAUUAAAAAAUAAAAAAGAACCUUUAUUAGUGAAU